AUGUCUGGACAUGGUAAAGGAGGGAAGAGUCUGGGGAAAGGAGGCGCUAAGUUUCACAGGAAGGUGCUAUGGGACAAUAUCACCAAACCCACCCCAACCCACCACGUUUGGUCCACAGAGGGGGAGUCAAGUGCAUCUCCAGACUCAUCUAUGAGGAGUCUUCUCCAAGAAUGUCAUCUGCGAUGCCAUUGUCUAUAUCGAGCUUGCAAAGAGGAAGACCGUCACUGCCAUGGAUGUCGCCUAUUCUCUCAAAUGACAGGGAUGCAUGCCCUACAGAUUCAGAGGCUAAACCUUGAUAACAAUCUACCGUAUUUUUCGCUCCAUAAGACGCACUUUUUUCCCCCAAAAAAAGGAGGAAAAUGUCAGUGCGUCUUAUGGAGCGAAUAUAAAGCGGCCGGUCUGGUAUUUCUGCCGCCACCAUGUCAGAACACCGGGCCAGCCGCUCAGCUGUUCUCUCCUGCAGGGCCUUACCUGUUCCUCGCUCCAGCGCUGUACAGUCUUCCCGCGCUGGCUUCUGUGACAGCCGGUUGCCCACUGCGCAUGCUGCUGCGCUUUGUGAAUGGUCCGGUGUCUUCUGGGACACAUGACAGGUCCCAGAAGGCGCCGGGCCGUUCACAAAGCACAGCGCUUCUCGCGCAUGCGCAGUGGGCACCCGGAUGUCACAGAAGCCGGCUCGGGAAGAAGAGGGAAGGACAACUCCGUGAAAGUGGGAGCGGGUACUUGUCAAAUUCAGGUACCUGCUCCCCCUCCCUCCCCAAAGGUCAGCAGUCUCUGGUCAUCUCUUUUACUGUCUGCAGUCUCUGGUCAUCCCCUGCACUGUCUGCAGUCUCUGGUUAUUCCCUGCACAGUCUGCAGUCUCUGGUUAUUCCCUGCACUGUCUGCAGUCUCUGGUCAUCUGUACUGUGUCCCUGGUAUUUUCCCUGUACUACGUCCGCAGUCUCUGGUCAUUUCCUGUACUGUGUCCGCAGUCUAUGGUCAUCUCCUGUACUGUGUUCGCAGUCUCUGGUCAUCCCUGUACUAUGUCCGCAGUCUCUGGUCAUCCCCUGUACUGUGUCCGCAGUCUCUGGUCAUCUCCUGUACUAUUUCAGCAGUCUCUGGUCAUUCCCUGUAGUAAGUCCGCAGUCUCUGGUCAUCUCCUGUACUAUGUCCACAGUCUCUGGUCAUUCCCUGUAG